CUUUAAUCUGAGAGAAGAGCACACAAACAUCUCAACGAGCAGCAGGAAGAGGAAAGUAGCACUUCAGAUCCAAGCCUUAAGACACACCUGACCUUUCCUAGAGACACAUAUACACAGACGAAGGACAGGGACUUUCCAUCGAUCUCACAAUGGCUAGCCAAGGUACUAAAAGAAAGCGUGAUCAUGAAUCGUCUGUCUCGGGCAUAGAGUCACCGCUGACAACAGCUAUGGAGAUCAUGGAGAAUGCAAAGAAAAUCAUGGAUAUUGUCAAUCACAACUUAGAUCAAGCUUUCUUGAUGAACAGAGACAUCAUUUCAAAGAUAAAUCAAAUGAAUAAAGUCAGCAGGAAGAAAGCAACCAUGGGGAUUUUUGGAAAAUCAGGAGAUGGAAAGAGUUCCCUGUUGAAUGCGGUCCUGGGGAAAAGGGAUUUUCUGCCAUCUGAUAGUUAUGGCGCCUGUACAGCCAUUAUUACUCAGGUGGAAGCCAAUCUGACUGACUCCAACUACAUAGCAGAGAUUGAACUCUUCUCUAAAGAGGAGUGGGAGAAAGAGCUCAAAGAUCUUUUCAGAGUUUUGUCGGAUGAAAGUGAGGACAGGGACGAUGAAUUGUUUGAAACUACUGUAGAAAAGAUCACUGCACUUUAUGGAGCUGAUGCAAAAAAGAAAACAUUAGAAGAGCUCAAGAAAGAUGACAAAUUUGCUGAGAUUGAAACCAUUUUGUAUAACACUAAGAAAACAAUCUCAAACACUGAUGUCUCUGAAUUUACCAAUGAUGUUGCAAGUUACAUACAACACAGUGAGUCAAGUUCCGGUGACUGGUACUGGCCGCUUGUGAAGAGUGUGACGAUCAAAAUCCCAGAUUGUCAUGAACUUCUGGAACACGUUGUGCUUGUUGAUAUUCCUGGGACUGGAGACUGCAACAAGAUGAGAGAUGAUCUGUGGAAAUCUAAACUGAGAGAGUGCUCUUUUGUUUGGAUUGUAAGUGCUAUCAAUCGAGCAAUCAAAGACAAAGAACCCUGGGGGAUUUUAAAGUACUGUAUUGAAGAAUUGGGACCAGGAGGAAAGUGCAAACGCAUUAAUUUCAUCUGUACAAAGACUGAUGAGAUCAAUCCACAAGGCUAUUUUAGAUCCGCAAGGCUUACAGGAGGCCAACUCACAAGAGACAAGAAAAAAGUGUGCAUACUUCAUAGAAAUGAACGUGCCAAGGUGGACGUCAAAGAAAGGCUCAAAAACUCUGAUAUCAAGAAAAUACUCAACACUGACAAUGAUUUUGAAGUUUUUACCGUAAGUUCCAAUGCAUUCUUUGACCACGAAUUAAAUCUUGAACAUAGUGAAACAGAAAUCCCAAAGCUGCAGGAUGAUCUGAGGAUUCUUAACAAGAACAUCAAGAGAGAACUGACCAGAGAUUAUGUCAAUGAAGCAAAGGGAGUUUUGUCCUUGAUCCAAAGUGUUCAACUGGAUACAGAAAAGAAAACGGCUGAAACGAAAGCCAGCAUUCACACGGAAUUAAAGAAGAACCUACUGAAGGAACGAAAUAAAUUGGACAAGUGUUUUGUCAACAUUCAUAAGGUUCUGGAACAAUGUCUUUCAAAGGGAGUGGAAAAAUCAGUGCAAUCAUGUGUUGCUACCACAAAGGACAAGAUAUUACACAAUAAGGAUGGAAGAAGAUUCCAUAAAAUACUUCAAUCUUUGUGCAAGAAUGGUGGAUGCUAUUUGUCGAAAAAUAGGGAUGUAUACCUAGAUCUAAACAAGGAAUUGGCCAAAAACCUGCAUGAAUGUCUUCAAGAUGAUUUCAAGAAGAUUUUUCCUGUGCAUGGAAAAACAGGGAAGUCACUGCAGGAGGAGAUUGAUAAGUUCAGUAUUAUCCAGAGUGCCUCUGCUCCUCCCAGAUCUUCCUUGUUACGACACAUUCAGAAAUACAUCAGAGCAGAGGAAACUCAACUGAAGGCAAGGCUCAACAGAGAAAUUGUUGAGACAAAGAAGGAAAUCUACUCAUCAAUCCAAAAAACUAUUGAGAAGGAAAUGGCUUCUUACUAUGAAGAAGCUGCAGCAGUGACUGGAAUCGGAUCCAUGAAGAAAAGGCAAGAAAUGUUGAUAACCACAGUUGACGUGAUAAAACAUGACAUGUUCAACAAGGCAAAAAAGGAAGUGCUUAAAAAGUUCAAUAACUUAAAGCUGUACAUAAAUGAUGCUCUUAAAUCAGAACUGAAGAAAUCAAUGGAACUCUCACUGUUACAAACCAGCAAAAUCACAUUAAUGGAUGUUUCCAGAGAGACUGAACAGCUAGAGACACUGUCAGGACAACUGGAGAGACUGUCAGAGCAAUAAAAGGCCCAAGAGAAAGGGCACAAGUAACAGAACAAACAAACACGUUAAAAUGUAUGGUGGCACAUUGCUACCACAUACAUAAUAUUUUUUCCAGUCAAUUAUGUUGUUAAAACCACAUCUUUUCUCGUUAAAAUGACAUAUUUUCUCAUUAUAACGAUAUGUCGUUAAAAUGACAUUUUGUAAAUGAUGUGUACAAAAUGUACCUUUAUCUGAUCUAUUACAGAGUUUAGAUUUAUAUAGCCUACAUCAGUUUAUCAAUUCAAUUCACAUUUAUUUGUAUAGCACUUUUCACAAUACAUAUAGUUUCAAAGCAGCUUUACAGGAAAUGCAUGUCAAAGGUGACUCUGCAAGUUAUUUAAUUUCAGAAAUGUACAUAUACAUGCAGUUAACUAACAAUGUAUUAAGGUAGAAACAAUGAGCUUAUUUAAGUAAUUAAUACAUGUUAACAAAAGAUUACGACGUGUAGCCUAUAGUAAACUCUAUACUAAAGCAUACUAUACAGAAAAAUUGGUUUGUGCAGAAUUUGAUCUUUUAAUAUCACUUAGAAGGCUACAUUAAGCGAUGUUAAGCUUUUUCUUUAUAACGGUUUAUAUGGGAGGAAAACACUUAACGUGUAAUUCAACGAAUUGCGUUCAUAUUCUGGGCUCAUCUGCUUAAAACCUAACAUGAGAUUGGCUGAAACUGGGUGUUUUGUUAUGAACCCUUUAAACCAUCUUCAACUGGUUCAAAAUGCAGCAGCUAGACUUUUAACAGGCACUCAUAAAAAACAGCAUGUAACACCCAUUUUAGCCUCACUACAUUGGUUGCCAGUCCAGUACAGAAUUGAUUUUAAAUGAUUGAUUAUUGUAUAUAAACAGGGUUUCUACAGGUUUCAUCAAAUCUAAUUUAAUGCUUUUUAAUGCUAAUUUUUAUAUUUUUUAAUGCCAUAUAUAUAUGCUGCUAAAUGUCGAUAGAUGACAACAUACGGCAAUUAGAAAAUUCAUCAUGUCAUUGUUGUAUUCGCAUUCUGCCAAGUGUCAGCCCUAUUUGUUUGCUUCUCUGCUGCUACCCUUUUGCUCACAUAUUUUAAUACAGGCAAAUUCCCAAUAAAAUUGUUUCAUCUAUAUA